AUGAGGUUCAACUUGAGCCAAAAGAAAGGACAGGCAGGGAAGUGUGGGGGUGUUGUGCCCAGGUACAGCCAGAUCCUCUCCCACAGCUGGGAGGGGCCAAGGGCGGGAGACACCAGCUGGUCUGGUCUGGAAGGGAGGUCACCUGACUCACAACUCAGCCUGGUCCUGCACACACCCCCCUUCUCUUCACUAUCACAGAGAAGCUGGUCCCACACUCAACACUGGAUAAACAUUGGACCCUCUGCUCAAGGUGCCAACCUCAUGUCUGUGAGCAAUGGGAGGAUGGAGUCAUCCCUGGUUCAUGAGAUCCUCAGCCACCUGGGCCUGGCCAACAAGACUGCAGCUUGGGGCACCCUGGGGACUCUCAGGCCCUUUUCGAGCUUCAAUGUGGACAAGGAUGUACAACGGCUGCUAGAAGCUAUUGCAGGCCAAGGUGUGGAUCAGGGCACCAUAGUGGAUGUGCUGACCAACCGGAAUGGUGAACAAAGGCAACUUAUUGCCCGAGCCUUCCAGGAGCGCACCCAGCAGGACUUACUGAAAUCCCUGCAGGCAGCUCUUUCUGGAAGCUUGGAGAAGGUUGUGGUGGCACUGCUGAAACCUGCAGCCCAGUAUGAUGCCCAUGAACUAAGGGCAGCACUGAAGGAUAUAAGCUCUGCUGAGGAUGUAGGAGUGGAAAUCCUUUCUACACGUUCCCCACCGCAGCUACAGGAAUGUCUGACUAUCUACAAAUAUGAUUUUCAAGUGGAGAUUGAGGAUGAUGUAAGGUCAGAGACAAGCGGCCUCCUGAGGGACUUGCUGCUAGCAUUGGCUAAGGGCACGCGGGAGAGCUAUUCUGGGAUAAAGGAUUACAACUUGGCACAGCAGGAUGCACAGGCAUUACAAGAGGCUGGAGAAAUGGGCACAGGAGCAACUUGGAUCAUGAUUUUUACCCAACGAAAUACUGAACACCUCAAUCGAGUGUUUGAUCAAUAUCAGAGACAUAGUGGUCAGGAGAUAGAGGAUGGCAUCCGGAAAUAUUUUCAUGAAAGUGCCCAGACUGCUCUUCUCACUCUAGUCUCCGUGAUCAAGAACACACCACUGUACUUUGCUGAAAAACUCCACCAGGCUCUCCAGGGAGCUGAGCCAAACUACCAAGUCUUGAUGCGUAUCCUCAUCUCUCGAAGUGAGACUGACCUCCUAAGCAUAAGAGCAGAGUUCAAAAUGAAGUUUGGAAAGUCCCUCUAUUCAUCUCUCCAGGAGGUCAUGAGAGGGGACUGCCGGUCAGCUUUCCUAGCCCUAUGUCGGGCUGAAGACAUUUGACACACAUCCCCCAGAACCUUGUGUCUACCACUUCCAUCUACCCCUCUUGUCAUUUCCAAGGAUUAGAGACAUGCAGGCUUGGCUGGGCCUUCUGGGAGGUCAUUUUGUCUAUUCCUUUGCCUUUAAAUAAGAUGACUUCACUAAAAUCAAA